GACGUUGAAAGGCCUCUGGGAUCUUUAAUCGGGCUGUCAAUGGGGAACAGAAAGUAGGGUACUGUUCAGCGUACGUGUUCUUUAAAUGGAUGACUGGCCUGAGUAAAACCUGACACCUGUAGAUGACCUUUGACCUACUUUACAGGAUGGCUGACCUACUUUACAGGAUGACUGCUUGGCCGGAGUGAGGCCUGGCACCAGCAGACGACUUCUUAGUCCCAGAUGGAAAGUAUUCCUGUGGUGAACCUGACGUCACUGAGAUCCAGCCUUUCCACCCUCUCACUACAAAGUGAUGCCCAAACUUGCAGGAUAGCUCUAGCCAAGGUUCUUGCUGCAAAAACAAAUGGCAUGGAUUUGACGGACAUGGUUCCCAAGAUAUUGAAGCUUUUAGCUCAUCCCGACCUCAUAGCAAAGAAGAUUGUAUAUUCUAUCUUAACUGAAUAUGCACACAAGCAGCCUGACAUUGCAUUACUCGCGGUCAACACCCUGACACAUGAAUGUUCUCAUGGCAAUCCAAUGGUUCGCGGCUUGGCUUUGAAAACUGUGUGUUCAUUGAACCAUGAAAACUUUUUCGAGUUUGGUCAGAGUGCCAUUAAUUCAGCCUUGCGGGACAGUAGUUCAUAUGUGCGGCGGGUAGCAGUGAACUGUUGUGGAAAGCUGCAUUAUAGAUCUCCAAAUAUCUGUCAGGAAAGUGGAUUGACGGACAAGCUGUACCACAUCAUCCGCGACCCAGAUCCUAUUGUAGCAGUCAAUGCCAUCAUGACCUUGGAGGAAAUUUUGAAGGACGAAGGAGGAAUGGUUGUAAACAAAAACAUUGCCCAUUAUAUGCUGAAUAAACUUGAGAGCCUGACCCCGUGGGGACAGAUAUACACAAUGAAUGUCUUAGUUAGAUACACACCUAAGUCUGAAGACGAAACCUUUGACAUUCUGAAUAUGUUAGAUAAGUACUUGACUCAUAACAGUUGUAGUGUGUCUCUAGCUUGUUUGAAAUUGUUCAGUCGUCUAAUCAAAGAUCUUCCACAUUUAAGAGAGGAAGUUUUAAAAAGAAGUCUAACAGGAAUUUGCUCUGUCUUAACAUCAGGAAACCAUGAACUUAUAUAUUGUGUCGUUGAAAUUUUAGAAGAGUUUUUGGAGAAUGCAGGUGGCGUCGUUUCCUCUCAGUAUAAAAACCUAUUCUGUAAAUACAAAGAGCCUGGGUAUCUGAAACAAAAGAAAAUAAACCUGUUGCCGUCACUUGUUACUGAGGAUAAUGGGAGCGAGAUUUUAGAUGAACUCUGUCUUUAUACCACCGAUUCCUCCAAGGCUGUUUCGCUGAGUGCUAUCACCGCUAUGGGAGCUGUCAUCAUGGUCCAGCCCUCCACCGCCAAGCACUGUUUUACCAAGUUCAAGCAUCUUAUUGAGACAGAUGUAGGAUACAUUCUAUCCAACACCCUACAAGUCUUACAACGUAUAGACAUGCUCCAAGUGGAAGCUUUCACUGAACUUGUCGAUCUGAUAACCACCAAAAUGGAUCUGCUACAAGACGAUGCCGGUAGAUGUGCCUUCCUGGCAAUACUUGGUCGCUACGGAGACAAACUUGCGGAGAGUCCGUAUAUCUUGGAGGAUUUCCUGGAAAUGUUUGGGGAAGACAACAUAAUGAGCCCUGUUGUACAGUUACAUGUGUUGACUACCUCGGUACAGAUGUUUUUCCAUCACCCCGGGGUCUGUCAGGGAAUGCUGGGCGGGGUUCUUGAGGCUGGUGUGGCAUCUCUGGACAAGGCCGUACAGGACCAAGCGAUAUUUUACUAUACAUUGAUGGCUACAGACGUUAACACUGCAAAAGAAAUCCUUAUGGGAAUGUUGUAACCACUUUCAAUGAAACUUUCAGAGCGACAAUGUCCUUUUACAUGUGAUGACAACUGCUGAGGAUCAAUUUUCACAGUGACGUACCUCAUACCACUGACAAUAUCUCGUUGAAUAAGUCGGCGACAACAUUAGUUGUAUCGUCAACAUUUGACCAGAUUUGUAGCUGGUGAUUACAGCCAAUAUUUAACCAGAAAAA